AUGGGUGGAGAAAUCAGACCAAUAGUGAAAGCAGGGGAAGCGGAACGUGGAGGAGUAGAGAAAGAGCUGCUGAUGGUGCGGUCGUUGUCUCUAGUGGCACUACAGGUAGGAGGACGGUGGAUGAAAGGCCAGAACGGGAAAAUGAAAAACAUUUCUCUUGGUCAUGAGGGUAGGCUCAUAUCAGUUGCUGUUACUGAGGAAAGUUUCUUCACCAUUUUCCUCAUAUUCCCUUUUCCGGGUCUCUUUGGAGGACUUAUUAUCGUCCACAAAAGGUAUUUCCACCAAGUGCUGCAACCAAGCGGCAGUGUCUUCCCCACCUUAAGCACAACGGCACAGGCAAAAAGUUUCAGAAAAUUUUGCAACUCCUACAGCCGAUCACCUCCACGUCAGUCGGACACUGUAGAAACCAACAGCCACCGCACCACCGGAGCACACCGUACGUCGCUCGGGUCUUCACCAGAACCCCCGGAGCAGCGCCGAUCGUCUACCGCCCACGUCGACGGCGACCCACACAGGCUCAAAGCCACCCAACCGCCACACGCAGUACUACAGCUACAUUGUAUGAUGGACCAUGAAGAAUAUGUUGAUCUACCUUUUAAAGUUGGCCAAAUGGCAGAGUCAAGAUCAUUUCUCCAAGGUUUUCGUGGCGCAUGGUUUCGAUGCAAGAUAAAGGAGAUUGGCUCGAGAAAAGGUCUGAUGGGGCAUGCCUUAGAAUUUGUUGACUUUCCAGAUGAAAAAACAAAAUGGACACAGUUAUAUCAAAAGCGUAGAAACUGGAAGGAGGUAAAAAGGCAAUUGAUGGUUCGCCCUCAAUUUCCUCCUAUCUUUCGUGAAAGUCAAAUGCCUGACGUCAAUAGCAUCUUAGAAGUGGUAGUCAUUGUUGACAAUGUUUGGAAAGUGGGGGAUUUGGUAGAUUGGUUGAUGGAUAGUUGUUAUUGGUCUGGAAGAGUAACUGAAUUGUUGGGGGAUGAGAAGAAACAAACCGGUGGUGACCUUCCUGAGAUCGAGUUGUUUCCUCCUCCUACGGGUGAAGGAUUAUCAUAUGAAGUCCCCUGCAAGGACCUACGCCCAUCAUUAGAUUGGACUCCAGAAUAUGGCUGGGCAGUGCCUAUUCCUGUGGAAAAUGGAAAUGGCCGUCCUUGUGCGCGGCUUAUUAAGCCAUUUAAUGAAGUUGGGGGGGGCCCUCCAAAUUUGAUGGUUGAUGCUGAGGGCGAAGGAAGAAAUGGAGUUCAGGCUGCCAAUACAGCAUCUGAGCGUAAUGCAUCUUUUUCCUCUCAUACUUCAACAAGCUCAUUACAACAACCAGAUGGAUCAGAACAAAUGCCAAGGCUACCUUUGAUCAUUACGGCAUCCAAGGAGAUACAGACGUCAGAAUCAAAAUUGGAAUUAGAUAUGGGAGAUAAUGGCCCUGGAAAAGCCAGUUGCUCAGAUAGUGUUUCAAGCUCACAUGUCAGAGAUGCAUCAGCUAAUAUAUUGGGAAAUACGGCUGGAAAGGGAAAAAAUGAUAGCUCUGGGUCUUCAAAGAAGCUGAAAGCUGAUGGAAGUAUUUCUUUAAAUUCCAUGUGUUCUGAUACAAUAGAAGCUGCAGUUAUGGACCUGGAGGAACUUGUGAACCGAGUUAAAUGGAUUAGGGGUUUCUUGGAACUUAGAAAGCCUCUGUCAAAUACUGUCCAGAAUCCUUGGAAAUUUCUGGAACAUCGGGCAUCAUCCACACCAAAAUGAGUGUUCAGUUUUAUUGAAAGGGUACAAUAUUGAUACUGCAUAUAGUGACGACCACUAUUUUAUUAAACCCAGUGGAGCAGUCAGGUAAUUACUGACGUUAGCAAAUGAAGUAGAUUCUUCUUUCUCGUGGGACCAUGACUGAUUUUGAUUGCCCCUCAAUGAAAUUUCUCUCUGGGGGAUAUUCUCAUGUGUGUAAGGAUCCUAGUGGGGAUUGUCACUAUUAGAUACAUUCUUUAUAGAAGCUUGUAUUGUUGAAAAAAUAAAAAGGUACCCAAGCUUCCUUUUUCU